CAGGCUGGGCGCGCCACCUGAGCCGGGUCAGGAGCAGCUGUGCUUUUGGUGGGUCCCUCUGCAGCCAGAACUAGUGUUAUUGCUCGGUGAUAGAAAGGCUGGCCCACUCCUGCAGCCAUGAACAUCGUCCUUUCCAGAGAUAGCCAAGUGAGGAUCAUGGAGAACACAGUAGCCAAUGCAGAGAAAUAUUUCGGACAGUUCUGCACGCUGAUGGCCUCCUACGCCAGGAAGACAGCCAAGCUGCGGGACAAGUCAGAUCUCCUGGUGAAGCAGCUCAUCGACUAUGCGAACACCGAGAACCCUGAGCUGCGAAGCACCAUGAAGAACUUUGCUGAAGAGCUGGCCAAAGUGCAGGAUUACAGGCAGGCAGAGGUGGAGAGACUGGAGAUGAAGGUUGUGGAGCCACUGAAACGGUACGGAGUCCAGCUCAAGCAGACACAGGCAGAGAUCAAGAGGUUCAACAAAGUCCGAAACAAUGAGAUAAAGCAACUGGAGAAACUGGAGAGACUGCGGCAGAAGUCACCCUCAGACCGACACACCCUCUCCCAGGCUGAGUCAAACGUGCACAAAGCCUCAGUAGACGCCAGCCGCACCACCCAGCAGCUCGAGGAAACCAUCGAUGAGUUCCAGAAACAGAAACUGAAAGACAUCCAGAAGAUUUUCUCGGACUUUGUCACCAUCGAGAUGGUUUUCCACGCCAAGGCUCUCGAGGUCUAUUCCAGCGCCUUCCAGAACCUGGACGAUUAUGACUUUGAAAGAGAUAUGGAGGAUUUCAGAGCGAAGAUCCACAUUGCUUCUGGAAAUUACGAUGCCAGGCCAAUGAGUACCACGCACCCUUCCUCCACCCUGCCGUGGUCCACCAGCAGCCAGAGCGUUCGGAGCACUCUACAGAGGCAGGAAAACAGUGAAGAAGACUCUGAAGAGAACGAGUUGCAGGAUUUCAGCAAUCCAGAAUAUGCACAGAUUAGGCGGUAAUUGGACAGUGGGACUAACCAGCCAUGCUCAUAAGAGCUGGAUGUAUUUAUUAUUAAUUCCACUGUAUCUUCCCUUAUUGAACCUUAGAUUUUCCGUGAAGGCAAGGAACUCCCAAUGAGGUUCUUAAGCCGUUCGGAGCCUAUGUAAAUGCAUUGUUCCCAAGCACUGAGGUGGCUCUAAUUCGGAGACUGAUUCUCAGUACUAGAGGGGAACCAAAAGGCUUAUUUGCAAAUUGAACAUCCUCUGGGAAAGCAUGUGGGGUGGACUGUCCGUUGGCAUUAUUCUGUGUUAUUACAAACCAGCAACAGACCUCAGGUUACACGACAUUGUGCAUGUACAUCAUGCACUGAGCAAGUGAGUUUCCAUAUGAACAAAACCCGCUGGCUGAAGUUUGGGAAAGCAAGCUUGUACCCAAUCCCAGGAACAGCUACCCUCUGUGGGAUGUGUCCUCUACAACUGGGUGGGAUCUCUGAAGAAACAAAACCCUCAUCUCUCUACUCAAAAUAGCCACUUUAAAGACAGGUAUGAACCUCUCACCAAUGAGACGUGUAAGAAUCACAGCUCACUUCCAACUAACGUACGUUGUCUUCUUUACAGAGUUCUGUCUAUAAGUCUUUCCAAUGGGCACAUCCCAGUAGCAUGCAGGAUAACAAUGUUAUACUGUAGGAUAUUGAUGAUGUCAGAAGUAUAAUCGCAUUUUCCCACUACUUUAAUUUUCCCAUUCGUGCAGUAUCUAAGCGCCGCCUCAUCUCUAAUGUGUUUAUCCCCAUCACACCCCCAUGAGAUAGGGUGGUGUUACUGACCCAUUGUAGAGAUCAGGAACUGAGGCACAGAAUCACAUAGGAAGUUUAGGGCAGAGAAAAGAGCACCCUGACCACUGGGCCAUUCUUUCCUCUCGCAGUAGCCCUUUCAUUUGUGACUCAUGGGGGCUUCCAGCAGGACAGCACAGUUCUGCAUUAGGGGCUCCCAGGGGUAUGUUUACACUGCAUUACAAACCUGACCCUAUAGGACCCGGGCUUGUGGGCUCAGUGUUUCCCAGCCCACACUUGAGUCUCCACACUGCAUUGUAAAUCUGAACCUGGCUCUCCCAGCCGUGCAAACCAGGGGGGGCUCUAGGGAUUUUGCUGCCCCAAGCACUGCAGGCAGACUGCCUCCGGCGGUUUGCCUGCGGGAGGUCCUCCAAAGCCGCAAGACCAGCCUGCCUGCCGCCCUCGCAGCGCCGGCAGAGCGCCCCCCGCGGCUUGCCGCCCCAAGCACGCGCUUGGCGUGCUGGGGCCUGGAGCCGCCCUUGGUGCCAACACAUCCAAACUGCACUACCCAGACCCUCUGGCUCGGCUCUGUGGUCUGAGCUGCAUCCACGCUGCCAAACAACGGGGCUUGGAUCCAAAUCACAGCAGGUCUCAGGCUCUGACCCACCCCCCUAGCAGGGAUGUGGGUCCUGAGUGCUUCCUGAUCCUAGUCCGGCUGAUUUGUGUGUAGACAGAAAGGGGCUUGGGCUCAAACCCGAGUCAGAGCUCAGGCUUAGUGUCAAGUGUAGACAUACCCUCAUAGACUUCAAAUGAGCUUUGGCUCAGACCUGAACAACAGUUACUGUGACCACAGAUCCCUCAGUUCCAGACAGGGUAGUCACAGCGCCACCAGCUGGUGAGAGGAGAGCAGGCAGCUGCUGGCUUUCCCCACUGCUGCAGCAUUUCCGCAGUGCCUGCAGGACUGCGCCAGAGAUCCUUUUGGGAUACGGCCCCAGGCUGCGUGCGCCUGGCCUCCCGCGAUGUCAACUAGCUGAAUGGCCCAGCACGACGCAUCCAGUGAGAAAUGAGCCCCAUUGAUUUUUCCCUUUCAGGCACACAUUUUUUUUCUCCUUCCAUCAAGCAGCAAAUAUGCUUUCAGUGCAAUAAAGACUGCUGCUCGGUCUAUGGAACAAAUGCUUUGCGUCAGCCAUUGUCCACCAAGGCGGGAGGGGGCCCAUACUGAUUUAAUGAUGGUGAUUUAAGCAAUUUUGAUCCAUUUUUACGGUGCAUUUACAGUUAGGAAAAGAAUCAAGAAGGAAAGGGAGGGGACACACCACGGAGCACUUAAGAGGAGUUAGAGAGGCUGCAGUUACUGCAAGCUUCUUCCCUUGGUGCUCUGCCAACACAGCUCUGACUCCAACCACCUGAGCCCCAUUGAGAAAAGUCUCCAUUCAGCAUUGCAUCGUGGAUGUCUCCCCUUUUCCCUGCAGUUUACAGCUUCUCAGAGCGAGGCUCCGGCUCUGAAUCCUUGCCCAGCUAAUAGCAAUAGGUACGGGAACACCUGCCCCUACUAGCUUCCUGGUGCAGCAGGAACCUGGCUAAGGAAAAGCUGGUGUCUAAGCAGGGCUCUAGGACCUGGAGAAGAUCCUGCAAUGGUGCCUCUUUUGCAGGGAUGGCACCUAUUUUCCUGGGUACCGUAGAGCAAAGGACACUAGUCAACAGCGGAGUAGGUCCUCAGCCUACGUACAAUGGCACAGCUCAUUGGGAGCUGCCGGCUGCUCUGCCCGCCCAUUCACCAACCAGGCUACUUACUUAGGCGCCUCACUGUGGCUUUAGAAGCCUGAUGUGAGGCUCCACUUUGAAAAUUCUUGACCUCCAUUGCUGCCCGUGUGCCUGCAAAGCCAACAGUUACAUGGGCCAAAGCGCCACUUGCCCGGCUGCAUGCACAAAUUAAGCACUCGGCAGCGCUGGAGACACUGGCUGUUCAUUUGCGGCUGGGAGCAGCCAGGUAAGCAAAACUCAGGAGAAGGAAAGUUUCCGCCCCAUUCCAUGGCUUCUCUGUGACCUACCCUCUUGCUCGCACGUCUCUGUCGGAUGCACUCUGCACAGCUUUGACCUUUCCUCCCUUAUCAUAGCAUGCAACACGGCUAUUAGUUGGGACCAAUAACAAUUAGACUUUUACAUCUGGCGUUACUAGUUACCAGGGUGCAGUUUAGAGAAGCAUGCUAGAGGAGAGCAAUGUGGACUCAUUCUGUUUUUUAUACUGCACCUUCCUCCUCCUCCAGGGAUCUUUAGAAACCACUAGGGCUCUCUGAUACAAUACUGCAUACAGCAGCAGGGCGUCCUUUCGCUGGAACAGGCUUGCUUGCCGAUCUGAGCGUGUUCCUAACACAACCAUGAGAGGCUAUGGGACCAGUCAAGUAUCUGAAUGGCCGGUUCACGUGCUACAGUUCUCUGCAUUCAGGGCUGCCCCUAUUCACUCCACGGUGCUUUGUCUCUAUAGUUCCUGACACUACGAGCUACUGCAUUUGCAUUAAGUGCUUAGGGCGGCAAGAUCUCAAGCCUGGAGCUGAGGAAUCGAUGGGAUAUUGACACAAUCAUCAUGCAGCAUUUAGCAACAUCCACGCUCAUAUUUCAGGCAUAUUUAACUUAUAUUAGAGAAGAGGACGGUUCAAUGGAUCAUCGUGGCAACAGCAACUCUUCUACUUCUGCUAAAGAGGGCCACCUGGCAAAGACCUGUGAUUGGCUGGGAGAGAUGAAAUCUAGGAGGCCAGGCCAGGCCAGUUGUCAGAAAGAUCUACCGCAUCACUGGCACUCCUGCAAGAGCUCAGGGCUAGGCAGAACAGGCCUCGGCUGGAUUUGUAACAAGCAAAGUGCUUGGCCAGACCUAUUCACCGUACACUCUGCCUGCUCUCCCUUGCGGUGAGGAGGGCCUCCUAGUGUUCCUGCUCUCCUUCCAUAGUCUGAAAGAGCGUUUCUCAUGGGUGCAGCGCAUCGCAAGUGCUUGUCUCUGGCAAUAGUGUUAGUGUGAGCCUCACGUUCAUUACCUGCAUCGCCACCUGCCUGAGGACCAAACGUCACCGCCGCACUUCAGGAAAGACAGCAGCAGCGCCGGAGAGCCUCCAUGUCUAGCCGCAUGAAAACAAGCUGCAGGCACAGCCUGAGGAGAUAAGGAAGAGCAAAUGCCGCAUAAAUACCCACCUUGAAAAGGAAAAGAGCCAAGCUCCUCCUCCUCCCCCCCGUACAUUGUUCAGACGUGGUCAGCACAAUAGGGCAGGUGGUAGCUUCUGCUCCUGGCCACACACCAGGGAGCUCUUUGCUCAGGGGCUUUGGCUUCUGCCAAAUGUAAUUAAUUUCCUCUGCACAUUCAAAGCAAGGCAGCUUCUGUUCAGAAGAUGGGAGCACUUGCAGCUUACAAGGAACUGCCAGCACUUCUGCUGAGUCCCACCGAGCUGGGUCCGCAUGCAGGAAGCAUCUUGCACAACCAGGGCCUUAAACUGAUAUCUAGACUAUGCUUUGGGAUCUUCCCGUCCUCCAGGGGAGAGGUGCUGCCACUGGGGAAGCUGCCUCAGCUGUUUAACAGCACACAGCACCGUUAGACUUGACGGCAGGAAGUAAAAUUGAAACGAGAGGAGAAUGGGGGUCAGCAGAAAAUGGCUGCUCAGCCCUAGUUCAGGACCUUGCUUAACUGUCAGCACAUGCUUAAUUCCCGCGGAAGUCAAUGUAAAGGGGUAGAUCUAAGCCUUGUGCAUAAGUGCUUUCCCGAAUCAGGGUCUCAGAUUGGAAUUUACCAACCACCUCUAAUUUUCCAGAAUCCGAGGGGGAUCUUGACCUGGCGGAUACCGUCAGCACACUCAGUUUAACACCUCUUCUGGCAGGGCAGGGUACACUAUAUCUAAACUGAACACGAUGCAGAUGUAUGGAAUUAUCCCCUCCUCUCUCUGUCUCACCACUCUCCCUUUUCUGCGGUUAAUCUGAAACAGCCUACAGGGUGCUCAGGAGUCAGAGCACUUAAAGAAGACCUCAGCAUGGUCCUGCACUCCUCUGCUGUGCACUUCUGCUCCAGCAUUUAUGACACAGGGGAGUUCCAUGCAGUGCUAAAGGAUUCUGCUGCCCUGUGAACAGCUCUUCCUUGCGCAGCGCAUCUGACCCAUUGUCUUUGUUUGGUCUUAAAGCUGGUUUUGGAGUGUCAGGUUUUAAAUUCGUUUCCCACAGAACCAGCUCACGGCAGAGCCCAGCGGUGGGCCGCUUCCAGCAGCAGUCACACACUGAAUCUGUACGCUGCAAUUAAACUGGCCAUUCAUUUUAUAGGCUUCCCUGGUUAAUGGUUUUAUGGUACAGUAAUUGCAAAAUAACUCAGAUAACAGAGGGAAAUUAAUCCCAAUUUUACCUGUGCCACAGUCACAAAAUUCUCAGUGUUGUGUGCUGUAUACUGAGUGUAGCUAUAUUUAGGUAUCAGUUUGUAUGAGCUUAGCACAAACCUGAUUAUUUACGGUUUGUAUUACAGUACCACCUAGAGGGCCCCCCAAUCAGGAUCUGGGCCCACUGUGCAAGGUGCUGUACGUACACAUAGUAAGAGAAUGCCUGCCCUAAGGAGUUUACAAUCUAAGUAGACAGACACAGGGCAGGAGGGAAACUGAGGCAUAGAGGACAUGCUUUGCUCAAGGUCAUCCAGCAAGUCAGCAGCAGAGCUGGGAAUAGGAGCUCAGUCUCCUGGCUCCCAGUCCAGUGCCCUUCCCAACAGACCACACAGCCUCCAAUGGGGGCCUUUGGGCAAUACUUCAAUACAACAAUGAAGCAACACACUGAGAAAAAGAGAGGCGCCUGCAAGAGGAACGGCCUGGCCUACACACGCCAAUGGCAUUUGACUUAACUUAGGUCCUCGAGCAGCUUAAAUAUCUUCUCGCACCAGGUACAGUCAAGCGUGCAGAACACAGAACUAGAAGCCAGGGUCACGCAUGGAUGUGGGCUCAGACAGGUCUCUCGAGCUCUGUGAUUUGAUAGCCUCCCAUGUGGCGGGGUGAAAUCCAGGCUCCACGGAUGUCAGCAGGCGUUUUGAGCUAGCUAAGGUGCUCAGAUACCACAGCGAGGGGAAGAAUAACGAGUGCAAUGGACACUGCUAGCGAGCCCUUGGCUACAGGGAUAAUGCUAUUGCUACCUGCCUCGCAGAGGGGUCGGGAAGGUUAAUUAGUGUUCAGAAGGUGCUUUGACGAGAAAAAGUGCUAAAUAAAUGAUAGUGUUGUUACCCUCAUAGGCAACAGGCCACAUCCUAUGGUUUUCUCAGUCCAAUAACCUCACUAGGUGUUCGCCUAUAUAAAACCCCCUUGUAAGGCAUCAUUACAAAGCUUAUAGUCUACUGAGUGUGAUCAUCCUAUUUGUAUAAACGUACCACUCUUGUAUCUGAAACUAGAAAUAUGAAAUAUAACUCUGAGGGCUGAUUGUAAUUAUGCAAA